AUGUCUGUUGUAGAAGUUGACGAGUUAGAGGAAAAGGUGUCGUCGUCCGACGACGAAGUGAAAUGUGUAGGGCAUUUCACUUCGUCGGAUGACACAGAUACUAUAACAGGAGGACCUCCUGUUAGAGUACCGAAGAUUGAAUAUACUCGUAUUGUUGGUAAUGUGGUUGUGACGGGCGAACCGCUCGACUUCUCAUUCAUGGAUUUUAAGAAGUGUGAAGGUAUGAUCAGGGAGGUCCCAAGGACCGGUAAAAGAAUACCGAUAGUUCCCGAGGAGAAAACGAAGGAAGGCGCUGAGUUGGCGACUGGUGAAGCUGUCAAUACGCAGCCAGUCGUUGUAACGAUCGAUGACGAUUAUGACGAGGAUGAAGAGGAGAGCGAAUCUGAGGAGGAAGAUGAGGACGACGAGGAGGGUGGAGGUUCUGCAACGUGGGAGGAAGAAUUGCAGUUGUCGAGAAUUGAACCCGAGAUCGAAGAGCCAAGUGUGAUUGUGUGCAAUACGCCUGUAAUUCUGACAAGACCGAUAACAGUGUAUCUCAAGCUUAAUAACAAUGAGCUCACUUCUCUAGCUGGUUUGUCGGACUCGCUGACGGCGGUGAUGAUCAAGCACACUGAGAGACUGCAAAUUCUCGAUCUUUCGUUCAAUCAUCUAACGCGUGUUGAUGAGGACAUUUUGGAGUACCCGAACUUGCAAGCUAUCUAUUUGCAUGGCAACCGAAUUGACAAGCUGUCAACAUUCCUAAAGCUGAGGAAGUUACCCAAGUUGAGAUCACUGACAGCUAAUGGGAACCCUAUAGAAGCUCGUGGGAGAGUUUAUCGACUUUUUAUAGUGGGGGCGCUGACAAGAGCCAAGGAAGGAUCGGGAUGCCGCUUGAAGUGUUUCGACAAUGGUGUGGUAACGGAUGAUGAAGCUGCGCUGGCCCAAGAAUGGUACGCUGGUCAUUUACAUCGAGCGGAGAUGAUGAAGGAGGAGAAGGAGCUAAUGCGAGAACGACAGAACAUGUCAUGA